AUGCUGAUUUAUAGUUUAGCAUUAAUAAGUGUAUUUUUCGGAAGCAAUGGAGGAUCAAGAAUUGAAGAAGGAUUUCCUACAGGACUCAUGUCAGUUUGUCCCGGGUCAACCAAGCCAGCAGAUAUCCCCAGAGCUCAGCUGAAGUAUUUACUCUUCAUAGUGCAAGGCAAAGGUCACUCCAGGCAGAAGUAUACCUACUGGAACGCUCACGACAUUGCCAAUGAUCCUAGAAUUGAUUUUGGAAGAGCAUCUCGUCUAAUGCGACCAGUCGGCAAGCAUGUCGCAGAAGUCCUGGCGGAACUAACAAAAUCCGGUCUAGAUCCAGCCAAACUGGAGCUUCUAGGAUUCAGCCUGGGCGGUCAUACAGUAAGCUUCAUUGGCCGUAACUUUCAGCAGUUAACCGGAAGAAAUAUAUCCAAGAUUACUGCUUUGGAGCCCUCUGGUCCUUGUUUCAGAAACUUAGGCCCUGGGGACAGAUUAGACGCUUCAAAUGCUGACUUCGUCGAAGUCAUCCAUACUAACAUAGACGGCUACGGUAUGGGAGCUAGAAUGGGACAUAUAGACUUUUACAUAAAUGGUGGUGAAUACCAACCGUCCGAUUUAAAUUUAUACCCGUGCACGACCACUUGCAGCCAUUUCAGGGUCCUUACUAUCUGGCUGUCAGCUUUAAAAAAUCCAAGAAAGUUUUUAGCGUUAAAAUGUGAUAGUAUACAGCAAGCUAGAGAUUCAAAUUGUUAUCAAAAUGUUCCUAUUGUUACUAAUUAUUUAGGUUUAAGUGUUGAUAGAAGAAGAGGUGGUAUUUUUUAUUUAGCAACAGAUAAAAAUUAUCCUUAUUAUUUAGGAAUUAAGGGUUUGAGGCCAGAAUAUGUUUACUGGAGAAGGAUAACUAAUGUUAAUAAUGGAAAUAAUACAGAGAUUUAUACGUAG